AUGGGCCCUUGGAUCUUUGGACCUAUACCGCUCAUACUUGUCUCGUCUCUGGGUCUCAUCGUCAACGCGUAUGUCAUGCUCGUCGUGUUCAGCUUCAACAAGCAGUCGCAACAACAACAAUCGGCCAACACACUGCUGCUGAUACACUUGGGGGCGGUAGAAACGGCAGUUUGCCUGGUACUGCUGAUAUUCUCGACGGGCACGUGGCCCCUGGCUGGUACCUGGUGCGCCCUCUCGGGUUUUUUGUUAGCCCUUUUGCAUCCGAUCGCCCUCUGGACCAUCACCGGACUCAAUUGCGAAAGGUACUAUGCGAUCGCAGCGCCCCUGCAUUACUCGGCCUUGGUGUCCCCGCGAAGAGUCGUUCUUGGCCUAAGUAUAUCUUGGAUCGGCUCGAUACUGCUCUGUCUCACCCCAUUUUCAGGCCUAGUACCGCCUUACCGCUACGUGCCGGGACUGGGCUGUUGUGCACCAGAUUUCGGCAAUGGUAGUUGGGGCUCGGCUGGUGUACUUUACGGCGCAAUAUAUGCAUUCCUCGGUAUCUGUCUACCCGCUUUACUGGUAACUUUGUGCAACUUUCGAGUUCUGGGAAUCGCGAGGUACCACAGGCACCGCAUAGCUAGCGCCAUCUACGAGGUGACGCUCAGCGCCCAGGUAACGAUUACGCAUCAGAGGAACCCAUUUUUUGUACCUGCAGCUACGGCACCAGCGGCUAAUGGACCACCUAGGUUUCAUAGCGCUGCCAGUACGGUAAUGCAGCUCCUUGGCUCUCUCUAUCUUCUUUACCUACCCUAUACUUGUCUACUUCUAUGGGAAGCAUGCGGAAGUGGUAUCGACAAUAUAAGCAAUUUGGCCUCCAGUGGCAGUGUGACGAGUAGCGGAAUCGCAGGUCUGGCGAGCGUCGGCUGGAGCAGUAUCCUCGGCAGCUCGAUCCAGCAUCACCAGCAGAUCCACCGAUCGCCCCGCAUCGCAACGUCCAUCGCGUCGAUCUUGCUUGCCUGCUCGCCGCCCAUCAAUGGCCUGCUCUACGGCAUCAAGUCGCGCACUCUGCGGCGAACUGUGCAGAACUACUGGCGUAAAAAGGCUACCAAGUCCGAACUCCAGCAGGAAAUUCAGGCGCGAACGCCGAGCGCCGCGGGCUCCCGGCGCCCAUCCGGCAGCGGGCCCGCCUCCACCUCGUUCUUUCCGUUCCCGCCGCUUCAGCGUAGAUUGAGCGAGGCUCUCCUCGCCCUUGGCAACUGUCGCGCUGCGGUGGGUGGCUUCGGCAGCGGCAACAUCGUCGGCGCGUUUCACCGAGCCCGGCUGCAGCCGGCCGCCUCGUGUAAUACCCUCCGAGUACCCAACGCUGAGCUUGGAGAGACUGGCCGGCUGGUGAGAUCAAGUGCGAGCACCGUGAGCUUGAUGGCGGUCCACUACCGUAGCGACUACGGCGGUGGCAACGCAACGACGAUGACGGACACCCCGACGCCCACGGCGAACAUCAGCCUCAAUUUCGGCGCCAUAGCCUCGCCGAAGAAGAGCCCGAGGAUCUUGAUUACGCGGGCGUACAGCGAGGAAAGCCAGGAAGGUGCUAGUCCUUUGCUCAGGCGGCACUUUGCCACCCCUGUUUCCGUACCACCCUGCGAGAAGCGCCGCUGGCGCUACCGGAGCACCGAAAGCGAAAGCAGCACCGGGAGUAGCGACGCGAGCGUCUGGACAACGGGGCUUCAGCAGCAACAGGCAGCCAAGCGCUCGACCAAUCCCAAAAGCUCGACCGACUGGCCUUGUGGCCCUCGGCGCAUCAGCCGCGUCAAGACUCUCGAGGAGGGUGCGGCUGUGUUCUCCACCGUCUCGGCGAUCGGGGCUACUUUGCCACCAAGGCCCGGCGACUCCACCAGUGCCGAUACAGCCCAUGGAAACGAUCAGCUAGAAGAGCACCCCAACAACGAUGACGAAACCAACGACUACAACGGCUCGGUCAAGGAGAACGAAGAUCCGAAGGAAAAAAAAGGGGAGGAGGAGAAGGAGGUGGGGGAUCUUGAGUCUAAUUGCAACGAAGGAAAUGGUAAUGAUAUUGGUCCAGAGAACAACGAUGCUGGCGAAGCAAACGCACGCAGUGAUAGUUCAAACAGUUGGAACAGCAGUGGUGCCGAGGAUAACUCGAGGGGCUCUGACGAUGCUGGCUUGUUUAUGCAUCCCAUUACCGAGACGAUGAUUGGUAUAACAGCAAUGAAUAAUAAUUUGCUUCCGGUACAGGUAGAUUAA